ACGGCAUCGUGAUUGACCUAUCAAAGUAUAUCAAUACGGUCAGAGUCGACCACGAGAAUAAGCUUGGCUUUGUUGGUGGGGGAGCGAGCUGGAAAGACGUUGACGAGGAAGCCAUCACGUAUGGACUUGCCUCUGUCGGUGGAACCGUGAACCACACAGGUGUCGGAGGGCUGACGCUUGGUGGAAGUUAUGGAUGGCUUACAGGUGAACACGGUAUGGUUAUCGACAACCUCGUUCAGCUAGAUCUCGUCUGGGCUAUCCGAGGAGGGGGUACGAACUUUGGCUGCGUGACCGAAUUCGUUUACCGCUUGCACCCUCAACGCGCCACGGUCUAUGCUGGUCCACUCAUCUUUCCGCCGUCGAUGAUCGAGACCGUCACUGCAACUCUCGAUGAGUGGUACAGAGAUGCAAGUGAGAAGGAAGCCAUCUUACUUGUGACGACCUCUAGGCGUCCCACUGGUGAUCCUGCUAUCGUCGUCUGCGUCUUUUUCAAUGGAGAUGAAGAGGGGGUAAAGCAAGGUUUAAGAUGA